CGCAUGCGCACCUGGGUGGAGUUCGGGCGAUUGCUGGAGGAGUAUAAACAUGUCGGAUCAAGAGCGCUUGUUAAGUUCGCUGAAGAAGCAAGUGAGGUCACUGCUGACAGCCGCCCAGGGGGGCCUUACCCCUGCCGAGUUAACAAAAGAUUACAAGUCCAUGAUAGGUGAACAACUUCCGUUUCGUGCACUGGGUUACCAGUCUGCAAUGGAACUGCUAAAGGACAUGCCUGAUGUUGUUAAUAUACGCUGCGGUAAAGAUGGCAGUAUUGUCCUCAAAGCUAUUGCAGAUCGGUCCACCAUGGAGCUUGCAAGCUUGGUUGCCAGACAGAAGAGCAAAACGAGAUCCCAGUUUCCCAGAAUGAGGUCCAAAGUCUCCUUUGGAUAUGCAUACCGCCCUGCCCAGCCUUGGCAGACGCAGAAGUCUGGAAGCUUUCCUUGGCGUGGCCGUGUCCCCCCAACCCUACCAGCUGCAGUAAAGAGUCAGCUAAAGGAACUGUUGAGAUCUUCCCCAGUCCUGCUGUCAGAUUUUAACAAAGCAUUUGCUAAUCACUUUGGGCAGAACUUUGAAUUUGGGCGUUAUGGCUUCUUCUCUAUGUCAGAGGUGUUAAAGGCAACCGCUGAUGUUAUCACAGUUGUUCAGACAAGAGCAGGCUCUAUGUUGACCCUAAAAAAGAAUCCCCCACCUACAAAUGUACCGGAAAACCUGCCACAGCCCAAAGUGGUGAUUCAACCUACUAACAAGGCGGAGCAGACCCUGCCACCUACUGGGGCCGCUCCCACAGUGGAUACCUGUCCUCCAACACCCAGUCUGCAUACACAGAACCAAAACCAGACUCCAAGCCAGGAAUCUAAGUCUUCAUUAAUGCAGUUGAAACCACAGGAAGCCCCAAUGGUUGAGUGGUGUGAUAAGAUGAAGCAUCUGCAGAAACAGAUGAAAACGGCACUUGUCCAGAGAGGGCCUGGAGGAAUGGUCAGUUCAGAACUCAAGGAAAAAAUCAAAACCAUUGCAGCUCAAUACCCGGAAGGCUUGCUCGUUUCCAGACUACCUGGUGAAUUUGAAGUGCAGUUUAAAGAACCUCUGCCCGUGAGAGAGUUGGGUUUCUUAAAUUUGAAUGAACUUGUUGGUGCCCUUAGCGAUAUUCUCCGUAUUGAGCACAAAGAAGGGGAACAAGACUGCCGCAUCUUUGACAUCGAUUCACAGUGCUUAGGAGACGAUGAAGAGACUGAUCAUGACAUCUCCCUGUCUGGUUCGUUGGCGCAUGAGGAGGCUUCUGAUGAACCUGAGCUGCCCUGUUGGGAUUUUCCUUCAGAGGAUUCAAAGAAUCUGGUAGCCACGUUUAAUGUAGUAACAAAGAUUGUGAAACCGCAUCUGGAUCUGGAGGAGUUUCAUGUAAUGCAGGAGAUAAUGAAAGAAGAAAUCCCACCCGAUGCUGUUCAAGGCAGGACCCUCCAUUGCCUCCCUCAGCUGGAGACCGGUGCUUUGGUGGCCCUGUCUGUGGAGUUCAUGGUCUCUCCUUCUCAAUUUUAUGUCCAAAUUUGCAGUGCUGAAACCUCUGAGAAACUGGAAGAUAUGAUGAUUGAAAUGAGACGUUGCUAUGCCAGUAAAAUUGUAGCGGACCGUUACAUCAUACCUGAUGCGUCAGUCAAGCCUGGUCAUCCUUGCUGUGUAAGGAACUUCGAAGACAAGUGGUGGUACCGAGGUAUCAUCCAUCGUGUUGUCAAUGACCAACAAGUGGAAAUAUUUUACCUAGACUUUGGAAACAUGGAGAUAGUCCCAAAAUCUCAUCUGAGGCUUCUUAAGGAAUGCUAUGCAGACCUUCCUGCCCAGGCUAUACCUUGUUGCUUGUCCCAGACGAAACCUGCAAAGGGCGAUUGGACUUCCGGUGCCAUCCUUGAAUUCCAAAGGCUGUGUGGGUUGUGUGGGUUGAAGCCGCUGGUGGGAGUGGUGGAUGAGUACGUAGAUGGCAUCCUUCAUCUCUUCCUUUGUGACACCAGCUCUGAAGAAGAUAUCUACUUUCACAAUGUAUUGAGAUUGGGAGGCUAUUCAGUCAUUUGCGGAGAGAAUAUUCCUUCCAAGGGCUUUAGAGAGUUAAAUCCUUCCGCUUUAUAUUUGAAGCCCAGCCCAGAGGAACAUAUCUGUUUGGAAAAUGGAGAUGUUUCCUUAUUUCAACAAGAAUCACAGCAGGAUCUUCCAGAAGCACUGGAUGUUUCUGCUAAAAAGUCAAGUGAUUGCCAAGCCAGAAAUGCCUGCAGAGAGUCGCCUGAGAAUUCAAGACUAGUACCAGAGGAAAAAACUUUGCAAACUAAGGAUCCAUCUAGCCUAUUCUCAGCUCCAUUGCCAGAUUUGGAGCCGGUCUCUUUAUGCACAGAAAUCUGGGAUGAGAACUGUAGACUUUCUGUCGCAGAAGAAGAAAAAGGCGAUACCUUCAAUAAUUUGUGCUCAGACGUUACAGUAUUUUCCAGCCAAUCUUGGAAUAACGAAGAAAGGAAUAAUGAAGCCCAACAUAGCCAAGAACUGGAGCCGCAGACAACGGAGUCUCUUGGAAUUGCAGCUGAUCGCUUGUCACAGACACUGGAGGAGUUUUAUGACUCCAUUGGUCCUUCCCAGCAGUCAGACUUGAAUGCAAACAAAUUGCUUGACUCCAACCCACAGUCUCUUCCAGAAUUGUCUGCCUUUCCUGUGGACGAAUGCAAAGGAGAAGUACCUUCCAAGACAAAAGAAGACAAUGUCUCCAGGACUCAACUUGUUCCCUUCACUGCUCCCAGCCCUUCACGCGUCCAGGAAGAGAGAGGGCACAACAAUGCCUUGGCGUUCACAGCUGAGCUUCAGGGUUCCCCAGUGUUCUGUAUCCCUUACUGCCCUUCUGCAGCCUUGGGAGCCUCCGCACGUCUUGCUACAUCUGGCAAAUAUUUCUUCCUCAGCCAGAGGAUGAGGAACCUAUGAACGAGACCAAAGAAUAGUUAGAUGUCUUUCUGAGCAAUUUCAGUGGUCUGUUGCUUCAUUAGGGAUGGUGACCAAAAUUUUUGUGUCCAUGGAGGCUGUGAGACCUUGGCUCAAAAUAGCUUUGAGUCCAGUUUCUCAAUGGACUCGUGUGGGACUGAGUGUUUGUUUUCCCGUGUGUGCUUUUUCAUGUUUUACAGUUGUGUUUUCUCUAUACUACAGUGUUGGUUUUGACAGUUAUCACAGUCUUGCUGGGUCAAGUGUCUUGCACCAGUGUUUCCAAAUAGCAACUGUUAAGAUGUUAGAUAUUCACUGAAAACACCACUAAAACAAAUCUAAAACUGACCAGUAAGUUUUGGGUGCAUUUAUGGAAAGACAUCACUCCAGGCACAUAGGUUUCAAAUGUCCUGGCAGAGUCAGAAUUGGAUGUGUGGAGAGGGGAAAUUACUUAGUCACAAAAUAUGAGAAGCAUUGCUUCCAUGUUUGCUGCUUGGGGAACCUGAUUGGGCAGAAAGGCAGUAUUAAAUGUUUUCAAUAAAUAAAUAAAAUGUCAGGUACAGGAGUGCAACAGAGUCCUUUCCCCUGGUACUGUAGUGGUUUAUUUCCUGCCUCUGUAGGGACAGAUGGCCCUGGCUUGAUCUGUGUUUAAUGUAGUCAUAUCAUUAAACACACACACACAAA